AUGACCUCCACCAAGUUUGGCAAAGUGCUCAAAGAGCAGUUUUUACUAGCUCCUGAGUGGCGGAACAUGAACAAUGGUUCUUUCGGUGUUGUCCCCCGAGUCAUCAAAGACAAGCAGGUCGAAUACCAGUUGCAGGAGGAGUCAAACCCAGACAAGUACAUCCGAUAUGACCAACCCAAGCUUCUCGAUGCCUCUCGCCAAGCAAUUGCAAAGUUUGUCAACGCACCCUCGGACACAGUCAUCCUUGCGUCCAACGCGACCACGGCCGUAAACAUCAUUCUCCGAAAUCUUGUCUGGGAUGAAGACGGGAAGGAUGAGAUCUUGUCCUUCUCAACCAUCUAUGGAGCCUGCGGCAAGACCAUCAGCUACAUCUGCGACUACAAUGAACUUGUCUCAUCUCGACUGAUUGAGCUGCAAUACCCGCUUGAAGAUGAGGCCAUCGUCGAGAAGUUCCGAGGCGCCAUCCAGGCAUCCAAGGCAGCAGGGAAGCGCCCCAAGCUCGCCUGCUUCGAUACCGUCUCGUCGCUUCCCGGCGUGUGCUUCCCCUACAAGGAGCUCACCAGGAUAUGCCGCGAGGAAGGGAUCCUGAGCCUCGUCGACGGCGCCCAGGGCGUCGGCAUGAUCCCCCUCGACAUGACGGCCCUGGACCCGGACUUCUUCCUCUCCAACUGCCACAAGUGGAUCAACACGCCCAAGGGAUGCGCGUUCAUGUACAUACCCGUUCGGAAUCAGGGCUUGCUCGUCAGCACGAUGCCGACGAGCCAUGGAUACGUGCCCAAGACGGGGAAGGCUUUCGUCAAUCCCCUCCCGACCGACCCGUCCAAGUCGGCGUUCAUCCAGAGAUUUCAGUUUGUGGGGACGAUUGACACCAGCUCCCUCGUCUGCUUGAAGGAUUCUCUGGAGUACCGGGCCAAGGAGUUUGGAACUGAGGAGGAGAUCAUGAACUACCUCUGGACACUGGCCAAGCGGGGUGGUAAAAGGGUCGCCGAGAUCCUUGGAACCGACAUCAUUGAGAACUCAAAGGGGACGUUAACUAACUGCGCCCUGGUCAAUGUCUGGCUGCCCAUCAAGGUGGGCACCGCGGCCACGCCCGCCCCUGGCCCCAACGACGUUGUCCUGUCGGAGGAGGAGUCGCCGAAAGCUCUGGCCUGGGCCGCGCAGCUUCUAGUUGAGGAGUAUAAGACAUUUGUUCCUUUUGUUCUUCAUAACAACCAGUGGUUUGUCCGAAUUAGCGCGCAGAUUUAUCUUGAGUUGGAGGACUUUGAGUGGCUCGCGAAUGUCUUGAAGGAGGUGGUUGAGCGACUUAGGACAGGGGAGUUCAAGAAUUAG